AUCAUGGCGGCUGGUCCGCGGGGUACUCUUUCUCUGGGGCUGUAGUCUAGUUUAUUUACGUGCAGUGCUUUGUUUUUGAGGAAAGCGAUGCGGUUGAUGAAAAAGAUGCGAAGGUAAUGCAGCGUGAGAGGGAAUGUGAAGAACGGAGCGCUACACGCGGCCGACCUUCCCGUUACACACACUACGAAUUCGGCUGUGUCAUUAAUUAAUCACUAACACAAACCAAACGUUUUCGUUUCGUCUGGCGUCAUAUUUCUCCUCUUGUGAGGAAGGAGGUCCUUGGGUGGAGAAAAUAAUCUUGAGAAAACGGUGAAGGAAACCGUGAUUGCGUCUCUUCUUGUACUGCGGCUUGAAAACAUGUGGCGGUCAAGCAGAGGGCACGUGACACGCACGUUGACAUGUCUCGUGUGGCUUCACGUGAGCGCAGCGUGCAUCGGUGCCCCGGGUGACAGCCACGGAGUCCCAGUUUUCCCCUGGGACCGAAUGAGGCUUCCCAUCCGCGUGCUGCCGCGCCACUACGAGCUGCGCGUGCAUCCGAACCUCACCGCGCUCACAUUCGCGGGGUCUGUCCGGAUCGAGGUUGACGUCACCGAAGACACGAAUUACGUCAUUCUGCACAGCAAAGGCCUGCGGGUGACGCUGGCCACAGUCGUGUCCGAGGAAGGCUGGAGGGCAGGGGACGCCGGGAAGCCCCUCGCAGUGCUGGAACACGUGACCCAGGAGCAGAUCGCCCUGCUGCCCAACGAGCCGCUCCGCAGCUCCCAGAAGUACCACUUGAACAUUGAGUUUCAGGCAGAGUUAGCCGAUGGCUUUGAUGGUUUUUAUAAAAGCAGGUACCACGCCAAAAAUGGAGAAAAAAGGGUUCUCGCUGCCACUGACUUUGAACCCACAGCUGCAAGGAUGGCCUUUCCAUGCUUUGAUGAGCCACAGUUCAAAGCCACAUUUUCCAUCAGGUUACUGCGGGAGAAGAGACAUAUUGCACUCACCAACAUGCCAAAGAUUCAGACCGUUGAGCUUAAUAAUGGAUUAGAAGAGGAUUAUUUUGCACGUAGUGUGAGAAUGAGCACCUACCUGGUGGCAUAUGUAGUGUGUGAUUUCACAUUUGUCACAGCUAAAACAACAUCAGGAGUCCAGGUUUCAGUUUAUGCCGUCCCUGAGAAAUGGAAUCAAACCCAUUAUGCACUUGAAGCGGCAGUAAAACUCCUGGAGUUCUAUGAGAGUUACUUUGGCAUUAGUUACCCAUUGCCAAAACAAGACCUCAUUGCCAUCCCAGAUUUCCAGGGAGGGGCUAUGGAAAACUGGGGCUUAAUUACAUACAAAGAGACCGCCCUCCUCUUUGAUCCUCUAACUUCAUCUGCCCAAGACAAGAUGGAAAUCACUAGAAUCAUUGGUCACGAAUUAGCUCACCAAUGGUUUGGCAAUUUGGUGACAAUGGAGUGGUGGAACGACAUCUGGCUAAACGAAGGCUUUGCCAGAUACAUGGAAAAGGUGGCACUCAACCUCACGUUUCCAGAGGUUCCUGUAGAUGACUACUUCUUAAAUGUGUGUUUCGGAGCCAUCGGCAGAGACUGCCUUAAUUCCUCACACCCUAUCUCUAACCCUGCUGAGACACCUGUACAGAUCAUGGAAAUGUUUGAUACGGUCUCCUACGAUAAGGGUGGUUGUAUCCUAAGCAUGCUGAGGGAUUUCCUGUCCGAGGAGGUUUUCCACACUGGGAUCACAAGCUACCUGGAGCAGUACAGCUACCGUAACGCCAGGAGCGAGGACCUAUGGAAUGCUAUAGCAGACACUUCGUCUAAGGGUUUCUGCUACACAUCCUCAGAAGCUGAAACGAUAGCUCGCCGUUACACCCUCUCCCAGCCCGACUUGAGGGAAAUGAUGGACACCUGGACCAAGCAGAUGGGUGUCCCUUUGAUCACAGUGGAAAGGAGAGGGCUCCAUGUACACAUCCAACAGGAGCGAUUUCUGAAAGGAGUGCUGGAGGAGGACCCGGAGUACCCUGCGCUGCAGGAAGGAUACCUGUGGCAUGUUCCUUUGACCUAUAUAACCAGCAAUUCCAGAAGAAUUCAGAAGCACUUUCUAAAGACAAAGACAGACACAAUUCAACUACAGGCAAACAUAAGCUGGAUGAAGCUUAACGUGGAUAUGAGUGGGUAUUACGUGGUGCACUAUGGAGACGAAGGAUGGGAUGUGCUCAUUAACCUACUGGAGCACGACUAUUCUGCAAUAAGCAGUAAAGACAGGACAAGCCUCAUUCACAACGCCCUUCAACUGGUCAGUACUGGGAAAUUAUCUCUGGAAAGAGCCUUGGACCUCACCCGCUACCUGAGGAAGGAGACAGAGAACAUGCCUCUACUGCAGGGCAUUGCCUACCUCAAUCUCCUCUACCGAAUGAUGGAGAAGAUGAACAUCCCAGACACAGCAGCAAAGUUAAAGAACUACAUUUUGUGGUUCUUCAAGGAUGUGAUAGACAAGCAGACAUGGAAUGAUGAUGGCUCAUUGUCAGAAAGGAAGGUCCGUGCCGAGCUCCUGGAAUUGGCAUGUGACCUGGGAUACCCUCCUUGUGUUGAAAAGGCCUUGGAGAUGUUCAAGCAAUGGGUUUCUUCAAACAGAACAAUGAGCGUGCCCACUGUUGUUCUGAGACCAGUGUACCUUGUGGGAGCUCAGCACACAGACAACUGGAACUUCCUUCUUCAAGCCUAUAGCCAGUCGCUUUCCUCUGCAGAAAAGAAGAAGAUUCUGUUUGCUCUGACCUGCACCAGAGACCCUGAGAAGCUGAGCAAACUCAUAGAACUGGGUAUGGAAGGAGAGGUAAUCCGGACUCAGGAUCUUCCUGCUGUCAUCAUCACAAUUGCCAGGAACCCUGUAGGACAGGUGCUGGCUUGGAACUUUGUCCAGAAAAACUGGAAAAAGCUGCUGGAGAAAUUUCAGUUGGGUUCAUCACCUAUCAGAGGAAUCCUCUCAGGAACCAUGUCGAGUUUUGCGUCCAAACACGGGCUGAAAGAGGCAAAGGCUCUGUUUGACACACUGAAGUCCCAUGGGCAUGAAUUAAAGCUGGCAGAAGUUGUGUUGGAAACCAUCCAGAAGAACAUCCGCUGGGCUGAGAGAAAUCUGCACGGGCUCAAUAAAUGGCUGGCAAAGAACUCUCCUUCGCACUCAACAGUGUUUUAAGAACUUUGUGAUUUCAUAUACAAAAGCAAAUGUUUACAUUAAUAAACUAUGAAAUUGUCACAUUUGCAUAGCAGAGAUAUUUUGAAUGAUAUUUUGCUUCAUGGCUCGAAUGAAUGGAGUACCAGUGAAUUUUUCUCAUCACCAGCAAGUGAAAUGUGAAAUAUCAUGUUCAGCUUUGAGUUCAAGGGUUGUUAGAUUUUGUUGAUUGUACAGCUCUGUCUCUACUGUCCAUUUGUUAUUCACUCAACAGUUAUAAAGGAGUUGUGCAUUUGACACGUGUCCUAUUUCCUUGAGAGUGUAUUUCAAGUGUUUUUAAAAAGGCUAACAGUGUUUUUUGUUGUUUUUUUUUUUUUUUUUUUUUUUGCUUUGGAUGGGGCAUUCAACGAACAACGCAAAACUGUUGCCCCACUUUUCAUAUUUAAUAGGAAUGCAUUCGCAGGUCAUCCACAUCCCUAGGAAAAUUCCAAUUAUUAAACACUCUGUCCUUAAGAAUAUUGCA